UCUGAACUGUCAAAAUUCACUGAAGUUUAUUUAUUCAAUAAGCAUGUGUUUAUAUAUUGGUAUUUAAACCGGCGAUUCAAAAUAAUCUCUUUGUGAAAAUGAGUAGCUCAUCAUCAGAUUCGGAGGAUGAAAAUCUGGCUUUAUUACGGCAGGCUGUCGACACAAAUUUUAUCAGCGAUGACAUGUUUACGACGGUUGCUUCAUCAGCCAAUGAAUCAACACCAAAAGACACAGAAGACAUAAAAUUAUCAGCAAAAAUCAAACCAAUUAAGCCAACAACUUCAGGUCAACCAUUGAAAUCUCAAAGAUACAUUGAGAAUGAUGAGAUUACGGCUGAUCUGAAUGUGCCCAAAUCGAUGCAAGAUUUUGUUUACAAGAAGAUGUCGAAGAAAAUCAACGAUUCGGUGGAAUUUAUUGAGACACCUACAAAAGAGAUUAAAAAUGAAAAGACUACAAACGAUGACUUCAAUUGUCUUCGCUUGCUGAAUGAUACCGAACCCAUUAAGAUAAUAGACUUAAUGCCUCAACAUGAUAUUCAACCAAAUGGUGGUAAAAAAUUUGAAAUAAAGCGACGUAUAAUCGAAGCAGAUGAAUAUACCGAUGAAGAGAAGUUGAAAAUGGCUUCCAUUGGUGGUGAUAGUAUUCUGGAACAGACAGAGACAAAAGGUUGGAAAGCAAAAAAAGUCAAACCAAAUAAAAUGUACAAGUAUCGUGAGAAAAAUUCCGUAUUGUAUGCCGUUGAAGAGGAAAAUGAAUUCACAGCGCUUCGCAAGAAAAACAACUGGAGUGAGAGUAAAAUAGGCCAGUUUCCAUGGAAAAAUCACAAAACGAAAUAUUAAAAUUAGUUAUUUUGACAUUGUUUUUAUUUAUAUUGGAAAAUAAAUCUUCAAAUCAAA